CACAUUCGAGAGACAGAAAAGUUUGUCUUGCUAUAAAAUUCACUUCAGUAGACAUAUUUGUAUUCUAUAUAUUUGAUUAAAAUGAGCAUAUCCGGGGCAGACAAUAAUGUGUUUGUGUACCAGUAUCCCCUGCUACCGCCGCCCCUCAUCAAGUACAAUUUAAUCUACCAUCUGGCCUGCACACGAUCCCAGGAUGUGAGCUUGCCACAGGUGGUGGAGGUGGACCCUCUCAAGAAAGCGAGUCAGCCUAGCGUGCCGGAUCGCGGGAAGAAACCUGCGAGCCGCCUGACUUACCACACUCCCUACUCCGCCAGCUCCACUGAAUCGGAAGUAGAACCAGAGCUGGAGGAGCAGAAGUACCGUUGGAACUCGCCACGCCUGAUGAUCCUCUGCGAGGAUGGAGACAUCAACUGUGCGCUCUACUACCUCUUAGAGUCACUACACGAUCCCUUUGCCGCCAACUCGGUAGCCGUUCUCUUCUUGCAGGAAUCAUUACUAAGUGAGUUCAUUGACCGACUGGAGGACCGGCUUGAGCCCCUUAACGAGCAGAUCACCAGCCAUCCGGCUUUCAUUCACACACUAGAGCGACUGAAGGAGCUACAGCCCAAGGUGAUAAUGGGAAAUCCCCGGUCGGUCCCCGCAGAUGCCAGUCCCAGGUUCGUCUUCGACCUGAACCAACGAUUCCUGGGCGAGGGACCCACCGGAGUGAUCACCCUGCACACUUUUCGGACGAUGAAAGAGGCCAUCGAGUUGCAGGCAAAGGAGCAGGUGCCCUUCACAUCGGUGAGCAUCUGGAACGAGAAGCUGGGAGCUGCCUAUGAGCUGGUGGCAAGGCUGAAGCCCCAGAUAUUUUUGCUGAACUGCUUUUACGUGAACCUGGAUCCGAUUGGGCUCCCCUUUGCCUGUCGCGUUAGCACCUCCAAGAUCUCGGAUGGCUACCACUACGAGUCCUUGACCUUCAAGGAGAAAUGGAAGGUGGUCGUCCACCCUAUUGGAACUAUCUGGGGAAAAAUAGCUUGGGACGCGGAACGCAACUUCUGACCUGGCCCCCAACUAUAUUAGCAAUUCAAAGC